UACAACUUCCUUAACUUUCAGUAUGGUAGUAUUGAACUAAGAACUCUUACAAAAGAAGUGCUGGAUAAUUUACAAGGUGUAUGCGUUGAGCAGAUGUCCAUGAAAAAAAACAAAAUAGCAUGGAUUGAUUCUUCUAUCCUAAAACCCAAUUCACGUUUCUCAAACUGCAUUGUACAUAUUGACCUGUCUGAUAAUGAUUUUCUGGGAGACUGGCAUAUUUUAUUCCAACUUGUCUUUGCGCCUCAAUUAGUGUUUGUGAAUAUUACAAAUCACUUGAGAAGAAACGAGUUCUUCUCAUCAAUGCCUCAACACAACUCCUUAUUGUCAGUACCAACAUUCAAGUUCACUUUUCCCCCCAAACUAAAGUACUUUUAUAGCCAUGGCACGCUGAGUGCCAUGGGCUACAUAAACGGCAACAUUGAAAUUAAAAAUGCUGUAUCGCUCCAAAGUGUGAACCUUGCAUUUAACGGAUGGUAUGCCUUCCAAUAUAAUAUAUAUGGUUUGGAGAACCUCACUGAUUUAGACAUCUCUGGAAACUACUUUACCAACAUGAAUCCUGGUUUCUUGAAAUCUUUUCCAGGCCUAAGAACUCUCACGAUGUUUCAAAUGGGUUUUAGCAAAUACUUUCUUCUUCGUCAGGGACGUCGGUUGUUUUUGCCAUUACGUAAAUUAGAAAAUAUUAUUCUUAGUCGCAAUGAUUUAGCAGUCAUGGAUCCUAAGAUAUUUUCUGGAAAUCAACUGACUGCUAUUGAUUUAUCCUUUAACCGUUUUGAAAGUAUUCCCUUUGACAUCACAACAACUCCAUCUCUGCAACGUCUUGACCUCAGAUACAACUCACUGCCUGUGUUAUCAGAGUUAGAGAGGACCCUGUUUGAUUCCCUAGCAGCAACAAAUAACUUCACGUUGAACCUUGACAACAACCUUCUGGCCUGCGGAUGUGAGAAUUUAGGCUUUGUAUUGUGGCUGUUCCACACAAAUGUGAAAGUUGAAAACAGAGAUGCUUAUACCUGUGUAUCUGAUAGUGGCCAUAUUACACGCCCAUCCUAUAUUUAUGAUCAUUAUGAUGAAAUAUGGAGAAAAUGUUCCGGACCGAUUUGGCUGUCACUAUCUGUUUCUGCCUUUGCACUGAUUAUAUUAUUCAUGAUUCUAAUCUAUUUGAUAAACCAGAGAAAGACAUUACUCCUAAACAUCAUUUACCGGUUGUUUGGGUUGGUAAAUGUUGCCAAACCGCCAAAGCGUACUGACUUUCCUAACGAUGCCUACAUCGGCUACAGUGACUGCGAUUAUCAGUACAUCUGUCACACUAUGAGAGAGCACCUGGAAGACAGACAUGGAGUCAAACUCUUCCUGAAGGACAGAGACAGCAUCCCAGGAGGACAAAUAGCUGACGACAUCAUCAACGGAAUAGAUUCCAGUUGGAAAACGCUCCUAAUUCUAAGCAGAUCAUUUCUGGAAGAUCAAUGGUGUAGCUUUACUGUUAAUCGUGUUGUAUAUUCUUCCUCUAUACUACCCGCAGGAAGUGUCGUUCUUGUGCUGUUUGAGGACGUGAGACAAGGGGACAUCUCACCGGCCCUGCUGAAUGUUGUGGAGGAGAGACACAUCUUCUAUGUAAAGAAGUACAUGGACGACCAGCGGAGACUUUGGAGAGACGUUAGUCAGUGCAUCAUGACUGAAUCGGAAAUAUAAAGAAAAUGAUGAAAAUUUCUGAUCUGUGGAGAUUACAUGUUCCUUGUACAUACGACCUGAUACCAGCAUGCAUUCGUUUCGGGGGUUGUUUAAUAGUG